AUGCCUCCGCUCUGGAUCCUGCUGGCCCUCGGCUGCAUGCGACUUGGCUCAGGUGUGAACCUCCAGCCCCAACUGGCCAGUGUGUCCUUUGCCACCAACAACCCCACACUCACCACCGUGGCCUUGGAAAAGCCUCUCUGCAUGUUUGACAGUUCAGCGCCCCUCCCUGGCGCCUACGAGGUCUACCUCUAUGUCCUGGUCGACUCGGUCAGCUUCAGGAACGCCACUGUGCAGGACAGCACCAAGACCCCACUCAGCUCGACAUUCCAGCAAACAGAGGGAGGGAGGAUAGGCCCCUACAAGGCCACAGCCUUUGACCUGACCCCCUGCAGCGACCUGCCCAGCUUGGAUGCCGUCAGGGAUGUGUCCCAGGCCUCGGAGAUCCUGAAUGCAUACCUGGUCAAGGUGGGCACCGAUGGGACCUGCCUGUCUGACCCCAACUUCCGGGGCCUCUGCAACCCACCCCUGGAAGCAGCCACGGAAUACAGGUUCAAGUACGUCUUGGUCAGUAUGUCCACGGGCUUGGUACAGGACCAGACCCUAUGGUCGGACCCCAUCCGCACCAACCGGCCGGCUCCGCACGCGGCGAUCGACACGUGGCCGGGCCGGCGGAGUGGCGGCAUGAUUGUCGUCACGUCCAUCUUGGGCUCCCUGCCCUUCUUCUUGCUCCUCAGCUUUGCUGGCGCCAUCGCCCUCAGCCUCGUGGACAUGGGCGGUGCUGACAGGGAAACAGCCCACGACACGCGGAUCACACAGGAGGCUGACCCCAAGUCCCUGGGGACCUCAGAUACCCUGUACACAUCAGUGAAACGGGGGCCGUCCCUGGACAGGGCCGAGGUGUACGCCAGCAAGCUCCAGGACUGA